AUGAAGCUCACAAAGUGUGCAGUGCAACUGGCUGCGGCGCGGCCCCUUCUGCCAUCUCCUCUCACGACUUUGAGAGGCAAAGGUUCGCGCCUUCGCCACGGACCUCGUUCACUCGAACAUCUGCGCCUUGACCAUGCACGACCUGCUACAUCCCUAGCUCCUCGACAGCUGGUUGAGAAGCACAGCCUCAGAAAGCCGCAGUCGCUAUCAUUGCUCCUCUCGGAAUCGCCCAGCGAGCCCUCUGGGUCAGGCCAGCCAGGCCACCGUCCUCAAGGUAUCUCCGACCACGAGUACAAGACUCGCGUAGGCAAGGCAUGUCGCGUCAUCGUGGAAAGCCUGCCUGAUUUCAUGCACAAGGGGGUCGUGGAUCUGGACGACCUCGAAUGCGACCACCAUGGAAGUGCCCAAUCGGACUCGGCAUCGUCCAAGGGACCUCUGGCGGCCGUACGCUCGCGCUGGUCAGCCGCUAAAGGGCUUCUGCCCAUGCUUUCACCAUUCCUGGGUCAGAGCCUGCUCAGGCGGGCAGCACCGACGCACGCUUCCCCAGCGCGUGCGACUCGCCCGGACGAGGUCUUCGACAGCCUCUACCACCCGUCGAUCGCCUUUGAAUUCCGGCCACCGCUUCCGCACAUCGGCAUCGGCAAAGACGGGCCCUCCGAUGUCGAGAGCAGCUCAAGCAUCUCCAAUGCCAGACAUUCAGGCAAUGUUCGCGACUUGGCUUCGCUCGAUGCAGACGAGCCGCACUCGCGCGGCGGACCGACCAUCUGCUUCAACGGUCGCACCAUGUACGUCGCAAGCUCGCACCUACUGCGCCAUGCCCUCUCGGCGCUCUUCCAUCACACAGAGCUGCAUCUGGAGUCGGCGCGUUUCGAAGGGCGUUCGCGAUCCGGAACCUUGCUCGGCAGCCGCUCGUCUAUCCAUCAAAAGCCCGAGGCUAAGGCGCUGACAAAUGGGUCUGGGCCGGAAAGGCUCAUAGUGAGAUUGCGCUUCGAGGGCAUCUCGCGCGUCUCGUCGCAUCCGCACACCUAUACCGUCAUUUUUCGAUACGAGUUCGACCGCAAUACGGGCAUGAUCAUCCGCCACGUCGUCGACAACAUCCAGCCUGUGCCCGGCAGCAAGGUCUGGGCCGGCCUCACCAAUGCGUGGGGUAACCUCAGCCCGUGUGGCGCUGCGGGUGCAGGAACGCCUGGAGGCAGAGGCCCUUCCGCCUGCUCUGCCCAUCAGCCUUCAAAGAGCCCUUGA